AGGUCACGUGUUUCCGCUUACUGUGGAGCUCCACAGUGGCUGCAGCCAGAUCCCUCUCGAAAUUUUGGGAGCUUUGAAUUCCAGCAAUGAAAGGAUUUAAUCUUCUUAUUGAACAACACAGACUCAAUAUUAUUGCAGAAUGCACGGAAGGAAGUAGACAGUCAGUGGAUCCAGGAAACAGUAAUUGAACAGGGGUUGAAAGCACCUUCCACGUAACCGACCAGGGAGCCUGGCGUUGAGACUGAGGCUAGUGGAAAGUAGAUGUCAUUUCAAGUUCCUUAUUUGGCACAAAAAAGCAAUCUUAAUACAUUUAAGUUAAUCAUUUAAAGAGCUCCACCUACACAUGAUCCUUUAAAAAGUGCUGUGGAACUUCCCUGUCACAGUGAGGCAGACAUCAGACCUGAUUGCUAUGGCACUUUCAAAAGCUUCAGACAGUUACAUACAAGAAGCAAAUGAGGACUAUGAGAAAACAUUUAAUGACCUUUGGGGAAAAGCCCAUGAAACAGCCCUGCUCUUAAACAUUACCUACCUUCAUCUUGGAUCAUUUCCUCAAUUUGAGACUGUGAUUCGCAGAUCAGCUGUCAAGACUCUGGAGGCUUUUUCUGAGUCAUCUGCACUAUUGUUGAAGUGUGUAUUUACUGGAGACAAUAUAAAGAACUUCCUGUUUCCUGUUCUGGUGCAAGCAGCCAACUGUCAUGAUGACAAGAUGAUAAAAAACGUCUUACAGAAAAUUGAUAAGUGGAUAGACUCAGUAAUGGUCGAGGUUGAAGAUGUCAAAAAGAGAAUUGAGAAAGUAAAAGAGGAUGUUAAUAAUGACCAACAUAUAAUUAAGAAUGAAAGAUCACAGAGAUCUCAAUACCAACUGCAGUUUAGGGAAAAGCAAGAUGAAAUAUCUCAGUAUGAGCAACGUGCAAACCGACUAAAGCAGUCCAUUCGGAAUCUGGAAAAUCAGCUGGCAGAUGUCAACAGGCAAAAACAAAACCUGAUAAGUAUGAUUCAACGCAGCAAUCGAAGAGUUUUCAUUAAUCUAUCACUCCUUCCCUGGUGGGGAAGAUGGAAGUUUAUUAAACAAGAUUGUGAUAAUUCCAUAAGAGUCCACCAACAGGAAAUUGACAGACUUAAUGAACAACACUGUAGAAUUCAAAAUGAAUUACAGCACCAAAAAGAAGAACUUGCUUCCAAGGAAUAUGCAGUGUUUUCCAUGAAACUUGAAAGGAUCCAUUUAUGUCAGAAAGCAGGGACAGCUGCAGAAGGUGACUGCCUGACACACAUAAUAGAUCAUUUGUCUAAAAUUGAAAUGAACCUUACUUCAGUAAAAGAUUUUUGGAGAAAUGCAAAGAUAUUCUUUGAAGGAUAUGCACAAAGAAUAGAAUCCCUAGAUAUGACAAGUUCAUGCCUUAUGGAUUACCAAAAAACAUUUCUGGACAGUGUGAAAAAUGCAGAACAGCAAUGGGAUAAAUUUAGCCAUUGUUGCCGAAAAACAAAGAACAGGUUUGAGGAGAACUUGCAGAAUGUUUUCUAUUUCACUGGACAAGAUGUGAAGAGACUUUCUGAAAAAGAAAGGCAAGACAGUAUUCGAAAACUGGAACAACAGCUUUCUUGGAAUUCAUUGAAACAAAUUGCUUACUCAUAA